AAUAGAGUUUUCCUCUUUAGGCCCUCCCUAUCUUUUCCAUAAAAAUUCAUACUACUUUUAAUGUCAACUCCUUUAUUUCGAUCAUGAUAUUCACCAAUAAACACCACCUAAAACCUUACUACAAACAUGCAUCAUCAUUCAUCCAUACUUCUCUACAUAACAUUCCUCAUCCUCUCUCCUUCACUUGUAAGUGCACAAUUUAUAGUCCACAGUUACCAGCCAACAGCAAACGCUCUUUUCCUUGGAAUAACUUUAACGGUCACCACCGUCGUUAUCGUCGUCAUCUUCGUCAUCCUUAACGUUUACUGCAAACCUAGCAUACGACCUCGAAACCGGGCCGAUGACGGGCUGACUCAGCGGGCCUGCAUUGGGCUGGACCCCUCCGUCCUGGAGACUUUCCCUGUUUUUAAGUACUCCGAGGUGGCGGGCCGUAGGAAGGUUAUUACCGGCCCGGUGGAGUGCUCGGUGUGUUUAAGCCCGUUCGAGGCGGACGAAACGCUGCGUUUGCUGCCCAAGUGUAACCAUGUAUUUCACUUAGGUUGUUUGGACCCUUGGCUUAAGGAUCACACGUCGUGCCCUCUUUGCCGGAUGGAUGUUGUUCCCCAACUCGGUGAGUUGACUCAGCUGGAUGCGGGCCGAGUUGACGAGUCAGGGAGCGAGUUGGGAGAGGAAGUCAACGAGGUGGGAAAUCAUAAAGUAUUUGAGGGGGACAUAGAGGAGGGGCAUUUUGGGAAAUACAGGAGAUGGAAUUCAACAGGACACGUGGCGGAAUUUGAGAGGGCGGAAAUGGAUGGGAGAUGUUCACGCUAAAGUUGACUUGAGAAGGGGAUGGAGACAUAUAGUAUAAGAUAUGAAGCCAAGUUCUAAAAAAAAGUAUAAAACUACAAGUUCUGAGUUCGAGUGUGUGUUUGAGGGAGAGAUUAUGCCUCUAUUGAUAGAUUUUAAUAGUGGUUUUAUAAGGUGGUGUUACUAGAAUUUUUCCAAUUGGUAUUAUAAGAGUUGUAAAAUGAGUAUCAACUGAGAAUUUUUUAAUAUCAAUUGGAAAUUUUUUUAGGGGGGAGGGUGUUGUGAUUUGUGAUGCAUGAUCCAACAAUUAGAUCUAUUAUAUAGAGGCUAAUACUUCCUGGUGAUUGGGAUGUCUAAGAGUUUGUAUUGGUUUCAAUGAUUUGCACAUACUGUCAGUCUGCCACCUUGUUCUUAUAAGUAUAACCACAAAUUCAUUUUGAACUAGGCAGCAUUUGAGAAUUUCGUCUAUCCUCGUUUUAGUUUAGUAUAUAUUACAUCUUAUUGUACAUUGGUAUAGCAUUGAAGGCAUAUAGACAACCCUUUAGAAUGCAAAUAUUUCAUAGAUUGUGUAAAGUUCACCUUAGGGCUUGAAUGUAUUUGGGGACAACAAUCUAAUGUGAAAAUCUAUGUGAAUUUGUAUAAUUAUGUGGAAACUAUAAGUGUUA